GCUUCCGGACUUGCACCCUGUGCAGUGGAAGGGUGCAGUGAGGUUUAGUGGGGUAAAGGUAGCCGUGGACGACAACACGCAGAACUUCACCUGUGCAGGAAGCUCAAGGCAACACAUCAUUAAUAAGUCUGAAUUCCUUCCAGGAAGAAGAAAUGGAUAAUAAUUUGUCAGAGUCUCUGCGUGAGCGGACCUUCCAGUACCAAAGCAGCCUGCCGUCCCUGCCUGUCCCGUUGCUAGAGAUGAGCCUUUCGAAGUACCUGAAUGCAGUUCAACCAUUUGCGUCUGAGGAAGAGUUUGAGGCCACAAAGGACAUUGUGAGGAAAUUUCAAGAGGGUGUUGGCAAAGAGCUGCACCAGAAACUACUGCAAAGAGCCAAGACCAAGAAGAACUGGCUUGAACAAUGGUGGUUAGACGCUGCGUAUCUGGAGGUCCGCAUACCCUCUCAGCUGAAUGUGAACUUUGGCGGCCCGGCGCCCUACCUGGAGCACUGCUGGCCCCCUGAAGACGGAACUCAACUGCAGAGAGCCAGUAUUGGCACGUGGCAUACACUACAGUACUGGAACCUGAUCCGCACAGAAAGGCUGCAUCCCCAGAAAUCUGGCAAAAUAGCAUUAGAUAUGGACCAGUUCAGAAUGUUGUUCAACACCUGCAAAGUACCUGGAGUUCAGAAGGACACCAUUCGUAACUACUUCAAGACAGAGCAUGAAGGUCCAUGCCCCUCCCACUUGGUAGUGAUAUGUCGUGGAAGGAUCUUCACAUUUGACGCAGUCUGUGAUGGACAAAUCCUCACUCCUCCAGAAUUACUGAGGCAGCUCAGCUAUGUGAAAGAGUGCUGUGAGGGAAAGCCAGAGGGAGACGGAGUGGCUGCUCUCACCUCAGAGGAGAGGACUCGGUGGGCGCUGGCCAGGGAGCAUCUAAUAAGCAUUGAUCCACACAAUAACACCAUCCUGGAGACCAUCCAGAGCAGCCUGUUCAUCAUUUCUCUGGAUGAAACAAAACCCUACUCCACUCCAGAGAACUACACAAAUUUGACCGUGGAAGCCCUUAAAGGAAAUCCCACCAUCCGCUGGGGUGACAAAUCGUACAAUUCACUCUCGUUCGCAGACGGCUCUUUUGGAUCCACUUGUGAUCAUGCACCAUAUGAUGGCAUGGUACUGAUUUCCAUGUGUUGGUAUCUGGACCAGCAAAUCAAAGUUACAGAAGGCAAAUGGAGGGGCUCAGAGGCAGUCAGACCCGUACCCUGUCCUGAGGAGCUGGUGUUUACCAUCGACGAAAAAGUCCAGAGUGACAUACGCCACGCCAAACAGCAAUACCUUGAGUCGACACAGGACCUGCAGGUUGUGUGUUAUGCCUUCACAGCAUUUGGAAAAGCAGCCAUCAAACAAAAGAAGUUGCAUUCAGACACCUUUGUUCAACUAGCGAUGCAGUUGGCCUACCAGAGAAUACACAAAAGGCCAGGAAGUUGUUAUGAGACAGCAAUGACUCGCAAGUUCUACCACGGCAGGACGGAGACGAUGCGACCCUGCACCCAGGAGGCUGUGAACUGGUGUAAAGCCAUGAUGGACCCCACAUGUGAUGUUGCUGCCAAGAGGAAAGCCAUGCUGCUGGCCUUCAAUAAACACAACAAACUGAUGGCUGAAGCCGAGGAAGGAAGAGGUUUUGACAGGCAUCUCUUUGGGCUGUAUCUGAUUGCCAAAGAAGAGGGACGACCCACUCCAGAACUCUUCAUGGACCCCCUCUAUGCAAAGAGCGGUGGUGGUGGUAACUUUGUGCUGUCGUCCAGUCUGGUGGGCUACACUACAGUUCUGGGGGCUGUGGCUCCCAUGGUGCACCAUGGCUAUGGCUUCUUUUAUCGUAUCAGAGAUGACAGGAUCGUUGUCUCAAUCUCAGCGUGGAACUCUUGCCGUGAGACAGAUGCCGUGUCACUAUUCAACAACUUCUGUAGCUCCUUGCAUGAGAUGUUCCACCUGGCCACCACAUCUCAGCUAUGAGUGCUCACACCAACACAUCAAUGCACACACGGCUCAUUAACCGCUAAUAGCCAACAGCUAGCGAGCGUCAUGUUUGUUCUCAGCAAAGAUGAAUGCAAAGGUACACAAUCUGUACUGCUACGUGAUAGCCACUGGCUUUGGCAUUAAAACACAUUUAUUAACUUUUCUGCUUCUUGAAGUGAUAAAUAAGACAUUCUUAGAGUAAAUUGUUUUUUCUGAGUAUAGAUUUUUCAUUUUUAAAUCUUGACUAUUUCACAUUAAGCUGAUGCUAAGGCUCAAGUGAGUAAAUAUUCAACUGACACUCAAACUGUUCUUAAGGUGGACAAUGAAGAAAAUAACCACUGGCUGUUUUCACUGUUGACCUUAGACUUUUUGUUUAGAAUAAAUGAAAGGCAUUCCAAUCAAACCCAUACUAACUUUAACUUAAAUAGAAUAACUUUUUUGUUUUUGGAUUGGUGAAAAUCUACAGAUGUACAGUAUGUAACAACAGUACUGAGCUAUUAAAGUUGGACUGAAAUUGAAAACACAAUUUUUCCUAAGAAAUCAGUUUAUAUCAUCUUGCCGUUUGUUUUGAAUCUUGAAAUAGAUGCUUUAAAAUCCAGUUGGACUUGAAACUUUUUGAAGACGAAGGUUCCUUCCCUUACGUCUGCACUUGCCACAUAAAACAGCCGUGUGACCAUAUUUCUCCCCAAUUUAAACCAGCAUUUCCUCAGCUGGUGAAGGUGGAGCUAGAUGGGCCCUAAGCUAUGCUAUGCCUAGACUAACAAAAUCUAGAGAUACAAUAUCGAACUCAAGUUGCCUUCCAAUCUAUUGAGGUGUGGCACAUUGUGCCCAUGUUGGCUGUGUGCUGAUUAUUGCCUUGUAUUUGGUCACUGCACCUUAUAGGGCCAGCACACUAUGCAGCUUUCUUUUUUGUGUUCUCUGUCAAGUUAAUGACUGCUAUAACCAUAAAUAAACCUCAAAAACUGAUUAUUUUUUCUUCCACUAUUCCUCUGCAUUUAAAGUCCUUGAAAUUGCAAAAUGUGAAUAAGGUUUUACUUCCUUCCCAAAUGAAAUCAAUAUCUCUUAUUGUCAACAAUACUAAAUGUAUGAUUUUAUAAAUGUAGCAAAGAUGUUCUGACAAAUAAAGGUGAAAGAUUUC